AAUUUUGGCGGUUGAGGAGCAACGACCACUUUUUCUCUAAGAUUCCGUAGGCUCAAAAUUCACAAACAAAUCCGAAAAUGAGAAUAGCAAGUGGAGCCACGGUGUGCUCCGGGCACCGCUCCCCCUCACUUCCGUACUCAACUCGGUCACGACCCGCUUCGACUCAAUCGCAACUCAUAUGGCGUAGGAGAAAUAGUAGUCGCACCAAUGGAAGUGCUAAGGUUUUCUUGAAAGUCAAUGAGAGAAAGUUAGUGUUGCUGAGUCCUCUCAGAGCCGCUGAAUCUGAUUCUUCGACCACACAAACUGCUUUGUCAGUUGAAAUUCCCAAUAACAAUUACAAUAAAACCCUCGUUUCGGACGAUGGCUUCUCCCUUUCUAAGGUUUCAUUUGGAGUGGUUGGUCUAGGUGUUGGACUCUCCCUCUUGUUCUAUGGUUUUGGAGCAUAUUUUAAUGUUCUACCUGGAUCUGAAUGGUCUGCUAUAAUGUUAACGUAUGGCUUCCCACUUGCAAUUAUUGGCAUGGCACUUAAGUAUGCAGAACUCAAACCAGUUCCAUGCCUCACAUAUUCUGAUGCUCAAAGCUUGAGUGAAAAAUGUGCAACUCCAAUUCUUAAACAGGUAAAGAGCGAUGUCACUAGAUUUCGUUAUGGGGAUGAACAACAUUUGGACGAGGCAUUGAAACGGAUAUUCCAAUAUGGUCAAGGAGGCGGAAUACCAAGAAGGAGCGCACCCGUUCUACAAAUGAUCCGUGAAGAAGUCACUGAUGAUGGUAAAUACAGUUUGGUGUUGGUUUUUGAGGCCAAGGCUCUACAGUUGUCAGAUUUUGAACAGAGACAGGCUAAAUUUGCAUCAUUUUUCGGGCCAGGAAUUACAGCUGAAGUUGGUAAGGGUGAAAAAGAUUUAUACGAGGUUCGUCUUAUCUCUAAUACAGACCCCAAAUCAUCUUCAUGAAGAUCUUGAUCUUUAUUCUACUCUUCUAUCUUAUUUGUUUUAGAUAAAUCACAAGACUUGUGUCCUUUGAAUGGUGUAAAAGUAUUAGAUUCAAAUGUAUUCAAUCAUUGUAAAUUAUUUUAACAUAUAUUCAUAAGAAAAGAAUUGCAAUUCAAA